ACUUAAGACUCUCUACUGAAAAGCUGGAGAUAAACGCAUUUGUUAUAGCAUUUAAUUUAAAAACACCAAAAUAAUAAACUUGAAAGAUUAUUUCUUCUGAAGAAUUCGCGGCCUAACCAACUCGUAAGUUUCAAACAACAAACAAACAUUCUGCAAAAAAAAUGGACUAACGUGAACGCUUUAUUAUAAAUUUAAGUUUUGUAACUAUUGGAAGGUUCGACCAGAUUUUUUUCUAUGUGCAGUAAACAUAAAAUCCGUUUCUAUGACAUCCCAGUAAACUUAGAAGUUGCAGUCCGUUCGAAGCAGUCGAAUCGUAUUUAUUUUUGAACUAACCAGGAACCAAACCGGGUGUCUCUCAAAACUAAAAAAUGGAUAACGAAAGCGAUAAAGUCGUAGACAAGCUGAAGGCGUCUCUGCAGGUGCUCGACUCGAACCGCAAGGACGGGGAUGAUUUUGCCGAAUUCGAGGCUACUCUUGCAAAGAUCGAUAGUAUAUUGAACAACAAAGGCCCCCUGGAAGAUGAUUUUCAGGCAGACAAUGGAGCAGGUGGCGAGCCCAAGCAAAAGAUCGACUUUGACAAACUGGACGUGGACAAAGUGCAUCUAAAAGUGCGCCAAAAUCGCACAGUGAUCAACAAGAAGCCCACCGAGGAGGACAAUAAGGCUCAGCCCAAGGUGUUGGACCAGCAAAGCUUCAUGGAUCAGGUGGAACGGGAUGCCAACGAACGUGCUGAGGCGCGUGCCAAAUCCGAAUACGAGGCAGAGCUAGAGAGAGCUCAAGGAAACGAAGCCUUUCGCAACGAGAAAUACGAGAAGGCCAUUAUCCACUACGAAAAGGCCAUCAUUAAAGUCAAGAACAGUGCUAUAACCUACAACAAUCGCGCCUUGUGCUACAUCAAACUUUGCAAUUACAAACGCGCCCUAAAGGACUGUCAACACGUGCUGGAGAACCUGCAGGAGACUAAUCUGCGUGCCUGGCUGUACCAGGCCAAUGCCUAUAAGCAUUUAAACCAGGUGGAUAAGUUCGAGGAGAGCGUGGCCAAGGCACGUGAACAUAAUCCGAAUCAGCUGGCCUACAUUGACAAGUACAUCAAGCAGUUGGAUGACGAAGUGGAGAAGCAUUAGAAUUAAUUUAUCUGUGUAUAUCAUACUCACUCAGCAUAAGCAUCACGCCCAGAAAAGAGACACACGAAUAAAGGAACGGCAGGUGAACACUGCCUAAAUCU